GACACUAAAAGGCGGAGUUUGGUUACCAUGGCGCUGAUAUACAAUUCCGACAAGGACUGGAUACCCAUAAGAGAAAGCACUAGAAAAUAAAGACGAAAUAACGACCGAAAGGCACAUUCUGUUGGCUUCGGUCAUGAGGGGUUAUCUAAAAACGCUAGGAUGGGUGUUCAAACUCCAGCCAAAAACAACAGUGGGAAGGCACGAGGAUUCUGACCUCUGUUUGCAGAACGGCGGCGUGGAGGAGCGCCAUGCCCUGAUAGAGCUGAGCGAAGCGGAACGCUGCUUUGUGCUGCGCGAUCUGAACUCCACCCACGGCACCUUCGUUAAUGAGUGUCGCAUCCACAACGCUGCUGUGCGCCUUUCUCCAGGCGACGAGCUCCACUUUGGAUUUGGCGGGCCCACUUACCAGCUGGCGGUGGACAGCUCUUCCCCUCUGUCAUGCCCCCCUGUGAACCAACGGUUGGCCUGGCAGAGCCCGCUCCAGCUGAUCGAGGGCUCCAGUUCAGCACCUUCCUCCUCCAGCCCUCUUUCCCAGCUCCCCGUCUUGCCUGGCCAUCCCUCCACCCACUCCUCCUGGGUGCAGGGAGGUCCCGCUGCAACCCCUCACCCCCCAAGCCGGGCCCGUCCUGCCAGCGCGGGAACCAAAAGAUCAGGCUCGGGCCACUCCACUGACCAUGGGGUCCUCUCACACAGGACAGGAAGUUGUAACGGGAAGAGGAAUUCCGGAACAGUGCAUUCCCUUGGGAACGCCGUGACAGCGCAGAGCUCUCAAACUCUCUCUCACCUGCUGCAGGAGAAGGAGGAGAGGCUGCUGAGGCUGGGGGACGAGGUCAGCCGGCUGUCGGUGUUCGAGGGGGAGUCGCGGCGGAAGGACGGGGUGAUCGCGGGACUCCGGGACGAGGUCUCCGCCCUCCGGCACCAGCUGACGCAGAACCGGGCCGACCCGGAGGUCCGGAACAAGCUGCGGGACCUGGAGAGGGACAUCGGCGACAAGAAGGAGCAGAUUGAGCAACUGAAGGCGCAGAUGCUGCAGCUGCAGAGGGGCUCGAGUGAGGUGUUCAGUCAUUCGCUGACUGAGCGGGAUCUGAAGAUCAGCAGUCUGAGGAAUCAGGUGGAGAAACUGAAGAACGACAACAACAUGUCUUCAGGGCUGGUGACCAGCCUGCAGAGGGACCUGUCCUCCCGGGAAAAGCAGUCCCAAAAGCUGGCAGCUGAGGUGGACCGGCUGAGGCAGGACAUCCGGCACAAAGAUGCACAGCUGGGGUCCUUAUCUGUCAAGUUUUCCAGGGUGAGGGAGAACCAGAGCCAUCAGGAAGAGCUGCGGGCACAGGACAAUGAGGCCGCCUCCCUCAGGAAGCGGGUGGAGAAGCUGGAGCAGACUCUGACAGAGCGGAGGACGGAACUGCAGCGUCUGGCCUCAGACCGUGAUUCGCUGAAGAGCAAACUGGAGGCGGAGCAGCAGAGGUGGGCCUCGGUACAGGCGGAGGCAGACUCAGGCAGGCAGCAGCUGCAGGACUCCCGGCAGCGUGAGCAGAGGAGCAGAGUGGAGUUGGAGCGUGUCCAGGCUCGGCUGGAGCGCCUCCGCAGCAAGAUCAUCCAGACCGCCUACUCCGCCCCCGAGGUCUCCACCCCGCAGGACGCCGUGUCAGACCAGCAGGUGAUAGAGCAGGUUACAGAGAUGGCCGAGGAGAAGGAGGGGCUGGAGACCAGGGUCCAAGAGCUGGAGGAGCAGCAGAAGGAGAUCUCUGAGGAGAGGGAGGAGCUGAGGGCCCGGGUGCAGGAGCUGGAGGAGCGGUUUGCGGGACACACCGAGGAGCAGGACAGGAUUGUUGAGGAGGCGCAGGGAUUUAGGAGUGCCCUGGAGGAGUGUCAGUCUCGCCUGCAGGAGGCGCUGUCCGUGCCCGCUUUGCAGAGGGAAAUCUCUGCCCUGCAGGACCAGUUUGUGCCCCCGUCCCUGGCCUGGGUACAGUCUGCAGUCCUCUCCGUGCUGGCUGCCCAGCUCUCACAGGUACAGGAAGUGGGCCACGCCCUGCGGGAUGCUGGGAUAGAGGAUUCGGACACUGCUGAAGGAGCCCCCGCAGGUAUCAGAGCUCUGUGGCACGAGAGUCAGGAGCGAGAGGCGGAGCUUAGAGCCCUGCAGGUGGAGCUGCAGGAGGUGCGUGGGGGUCGGGACGUCCUGAUACAGAGCCAGGAGGAGCAGUCCAGACAGCUGCAGGACCAGCUCAGCACCCUGAGAGAGGAGCUGGAACAACUGAGACAGCUGGCUCAGAAUGCCCAGAGUGAGGAAGACGAGGGUCUAAAACUUCAGCUGGAGGAGAUGAGGAAGGAGCUGGAGUCAGUCCGUGGCAUGGAGACCUCCCUGCGUGAGGAGGCCCGGGCGAAGGAGGCGGAGCUCCAUUCGAUGGUGGAGGAGGCGAAGCAGAAGGGGGCGGAGCUAGAGAGGGAGUGUUACCGGGUGCGAGAGGCGGAGUACCGGGAGCAGGUCCGCCAGCACGCCCACACCAUCGUGGACAUGGACCAGAGGCUGACCAGAGCGAUACAGCGUGUGAGGGACACUGAGGAGGAGAGGGACAGCCUGAGGGAGCAGCUGACUGACUUGGAGAAGAAGCUGGAGAACAGAGAUCCUGACCCCAGCCCUGUCCCCAGCCCUGACCCCACCCCAACCCCACCUACACCAGGCAAGGCUCCGGGGGCAGUGGCCCUGGAGGAGACGGUCACCCUGCUCAGGGCCGCGCUGGCCGAGGCUCGUCAGGAGGCGGUUGCCCAGGGAGACGUCAUCGCCGCACUGAGCCGUGACCUGGCGGCGGCCAACGCCAGGAUGUCGGAUGUGACAGGGGAGCUGAGCGAGCAGCGCAAAGUGGAGCUGGAGCAGCACCGGGCCCUGGUGGUGGAUCAGAGGGUCAAACUGAGCACGCUCACAGAGAAGCUGGCCCAGAUGUCACAACUUGUAGACAGGAAAGGGGAGGAGCUUCAGAGCGUGAGGGAGGAGCUCAGGCAGUGUCAGGAGGAGCUGGAGAGGCGGGUCCAGACUGAGAAGGAGCUGAAAGAGAAGAUGGACAGCAGCACUGCCUUGGUCCCGACCCCAGCACUCACUAAGGAUGUGGCCGCCAUGGCUGCCGCCGCCGAGCUGGCGGAGCAGGGGUCAAAGUGCAGAGGUCACCGGCACGAGGAGGUGAUCCAGCGGCAGCAGGAGGCGCUGGCGGAGCUGAGGUCUCGGGCCAAAGCCCUGGAGCAGGCCGUGCCCAUGAUGUCCUCUCCAGAGCUGUGCAUCCAGCAGGUGGCGCUGAUGAGAAGGGAGCUGAGCGAGCUCAGGGCUCAGAAGGCCGCGUUGUACAGAGGAGCCGCGGACUCUAUGACGCUGAACUCUCUUCCUGGAAGUCUGUCUGAGGAAAUGCUGGAGCGCACGGCCAGGCUGGACGUGUCAGAGGCCCUGGAGCUCAGCGAGCGAACGUACCUGGAGCUGGCCCGGGUCCUGAGCGAAGCCCUGGAGCUGAGUGAUGGGCAGCUGUCAGGCACCGCCUCCCUGAAGCACCUCCCUCGGGACGAGCGGGAGAGGCUGGGCUCCCUCAGGCAGAGGGACCUGGAGCUGCUGCGUACGCGCCUGAGCCUGCUGCACAGCCAGGCCCAGCGCAGGGAGGAGCUCCUGCAGGAGUACCACAGGGACAUGGGCACCCUGAGGGACAGCCAGGCGACCGGCCAGCAGCUGCAGGCCAGGCUGGACAGCCUGAGGGCAGAGCUGCAGACGGAGUGCCAGGAAAGCUCCCUGCUUCGCGAGGCCCUCCAGCGCGCACAGGCCCGACUGGAGCAGGAGAUUGGCCUGAACCGCGCCCUCAAGGAGCGCAAGGGCCUGAGUGUGGAGAGGCUGGAGAAGAGGAUCACGAGGACCCCCUCCCACAGCUGUGUGCAGGAGGACGUCAGGGACAAGGCUGCAUCCAGGAAGGCCAACCUGCAGGAGAAGCUGAAGAAGAGGGAGUAUGAAAUCGAGGUGCUGAAGAAGCAGCUGAGGAACAGCGCCUCCGGCAGGCCGGCAAGUGCACAGCGGGCGUCUCUAGUGCCCGAGGCCCACUGACGCUUCAGCCCAGCCGAACUGAGAAACGGGGACUGGGGUGCACGCGGGCGUGAGGCCAACAGAGCAAGGCAAGUGCGUAGAACUGUGAGCAGCCCUGUGCGCCAUUCACUGGAGCAGGAGCUAGAGAGCUAUGAGCAACCCUAUGCCCCGUUCACUGAAGCAGGAGCUAGAGCUGUGUCUGACCCUAUACCCCAUUCACUGGAGUAGACCCUAUUCCCCGUUCACUGGAGCAGGGGCUGGAGCUGUGUCUGACCCUAUACCACAUUCACUGGAGCAGGGGCUAGAGCUGUGACUGACCCUAUACCGCUUUCACUGGAGUAGACCCUAUGCCCCAUUCACUGGAGCCGGUCCAAUUACACAUGUAAUCUCAAUGUGAUUUCCCUUUACAGCAUCACUGUACAGCGUCUCAGUGCUAUGGGCUCAUUGCAGAUUUUCAUUUUGCUGCCCCACAUUCUCGUGCGUCAUGUAAGACGGAGGUGUCCGUGUUGCAGUCAGAGAGCGGUCCCGCUAUGAAAGGAGUUUGAGUAUUCAUCAUCACCCUCACCUUGUGCCAAGGUCUUUUUAAAUGGAACCUGCGUCACAGGCUCAGGCUCAGUCAGGCUCUUUUCUUUUUCCCUCUCUCUCCUGCUCAGUUUCUUAUGCUCCAGAGCCCUGGCCAAUGAGCUGCAGUCAUUGUGCGUUCUUUAUGACAUCAUCAUAUGAAAGCCCAAAAUGGCUCGCCUGCAUUGAAACGCGUUUGUUGUGUCAGUUUUUGGCAGCGCUUGAUUGGAGCGUUCCUCUCCCAUCUCUCCGCUGCUGGUUGCUCUUUCCUGCCAAAUCCUCCGCUUUCAGCCAGGGCUACCCGUGAGAAUCUCGCACUUAUAUAAGCACUAAUAACGGGGAGAACAGCGGUAAAUUGGUCCUGGAUCUAUUCUGCCUGAUAGAAGGAGAUAAAAGGAGACCGUGCAGUGUGCAUCAGAGCGCACACACACACACCCCCCCUCCCUCCUGGGUUCUCUGCAGUCAUGUGAC